CAUGUGAAGAGAGAAACCUCGAGUUUCAAGAGUUGUUUAUAAGAUUUGAGCAAAUGUUCUGCCAGAGAUUUUCUCCGAUUACUGGAAAAAUGGAGUGGGUUGUCGAAGACGAGAACUACGAUCUGAGAGACGAAAUAGCCAGGUCGGCAUAUGCAGAUAUGUUACAUGAUGAUGAAAGGAAUAAAAAAUACUAUGCAGCAACUAAAGAAGCAGUAGAAAAGAUGAAGUCUGUUGGAGAGAAGAUUCAUGUACUUGAUAUAGGGACAGGAUCAGGGCUGCUGGCCAUGAUGGCUGCUACUAGUGGUGCUGAUACUGCUACGGCAUGUGAGGCAUUCCCACCGAUUGCAAAGGUGGCAGCAGAAAUUAUAGAAAAGAAUGGAUUUAAAGACAGAUUAAAGGUUGUCAAUAAAAGAUCUACAGAUGUUAUUCUUGGUCCAGAAAACUGUGAUAUGGACUCAAGAGCAAACCUGCUGGUGACAGAGCUGUGGGAUACUGAGUUGAUAGGAGAGGGAGCCUUGCCAACACUUAUUGAUGCAUGUCAGAGAUUACUGGAGCCUGGAUUUGUCUGCAUUCCUGCUGCUGGUACUAUUUAUGCACAGGUGUUUACCUGCACAGCAUUAUGGGAAAUGCAUCAGCUCGAACCAGACAAGCUACCAUGUGGUACACAGAUCAAGUUACCCAACAGUAUGACAACAUGUCUUGGUACGACAAGUGGAUUUGAUCUUCAUGUCGAUGAGAUCCAUGACCAUGAGAUAGGGUUUCUUUCUGAACCAAUCCCUGUACUGAGAUUCGAUUUCUGUGAUAAUAACCUCAAUUCAAACUGCCCAAAUGUUUUCUCCAUACCAAAUUCUAUAACUUCAUUCAAAGAAGGAGAAAAUAAAGAGGCUCAGUACCAUGCUGAAACCAUAGCAACUGAGACAGGAGUAGCACAUGGGGUGGUUGUGUGGUGGUUACUUGAUAUGGAUGUCGAUGGCAAGAUCACCUUGGAAACAGCACCUAGAUGGGCUCAUCCUGAUGGGGAUAAGUGUCAGUGGAGAGAUCACUGGAUGCAAGCUGUUUAUUAUUUGAAGAAACCUUUACCAAUCAAACAAGAACAAGAAUUGAAAGUAUAUUGCUGCCAUGAUGAGUACAGUUUAUGGUUCGAUGUUCAGCAUGGAGAAAGCCUUCUAACAGCAGUAGAACGUCCUAUUUGUACAUGUGGAGCUCAUAUAACAUGGAGCAGGCAUCGAUAUUGUAUGUUGAAUGACAUAGAAAGAAACUCUGUGUUUGAGUCAGCUUUAAGUAAGCUUGUCAAUUCAGGGUGUUCUAGUGCGUUUUGUGUCAGUGAUAAAUCACUUCUUCCGGUCACAGCAGCCAGUGCUGGUUUUAAAGAGGUUUUAGUUUUGGAAUCUUCGAUAUCUUUUACGAAGCUUUUACAAAAGAUUCUACAUAUAAAUGACCUUAAUGACAGAGUGCAUUUGUUAGACAAAACCUUAGAUAACGUCUGCAAGGAUGAUAUGCCCAAUGGCAAGAUCGAUGCUGUCAUAGGAGAACCCUAUUUUAACACCAGCCUCCUGCCCUGGCACAACCUGUACUUCUGGUAUGCUUUAACCACAAUACGACAGCUUGUCAAUAAAGAUGUCAAGGUCAUGCCCCAGGGGGGUAUCCUUAGAGGUAUUGCAGUGGAGUUCAAGGACCUGUGGAAAUAUCAUUCUCCUGUCAAUAGGGUGGAGGGGUUUGAUUUGUCUCUGUUUGAUCAGCUCAUUGAGAAGUCAAAGCUGAAAAAUGAAGAGAUUGAUGGUGAUUGUGAAACAUGCAUCGCGCUAGAACCGCAUCACGUGUGGGAGUACCCGUCUAGUCCACUGACAGACGUCAUAGAUCUAAUGGAGUUCGAAUUUACAAAGCCAUUACCAGAGAAGACUUUAAAGAAGUCUGGAGUAGUGCCAAUCACAGGGUUGGGAACUCUUCAUUGUGUAGUGUUAUGGAUGGACUUCCAUGUCAUGGAUGACGUCUUCAUCACCAACGGACUAACAAAGAAGUGCAAGUCUACAGGAACUGACACUCUUGACUGGGUUCGACACACUAAACAGGCCGUGUAUUUCAUGAGAUGUCCGACAUAUUUAGACGAGAAGGCAGCAUCAGAAGCGACUCUCGCAUACACAGUUACAUUUGAACCGACGCAGGGAGAUGUGAAGUUGAGUUUUGACUUGCAACGAUGAUCCUAGACAAAUGGAUAUUGGACUCGAGUCUGGGCCAGAGGCAUCCGUCACCCAAAAAACAUCGUUGGAUUCGUCGAGUGUGGAACGGUUUCUAUGGCUACGACCCAGAGAGCAUGUUUGAAGUGUUUGUCAGCUAUUGAAAUUACAACGAAUUGAUAACAACUGCACAGGACACUACGGAAACAUUAGCAGCAAGUCAGUGGACCUUACUUCCUUCCGUUACUUUGAAGAGUCAAACAGCGAAAAAAAAUCGGACUAAACACUGCUUGAAUAAAAUUGAACAAAAAACAGUUCUCAUGAGUACUCCUAGAAUUUAAAGGAGGGAACUCUUUUUCAGAACUUUUUUCGUCAAAAUUUCUCUCUCUCUCUAUCUCUCUCUCGUUUUAAUGGCAGAAAAC